AUGUCUUUCACGAUUGGUGGAACAACAUUUCCUCCACCAGCGUUGGACUCCAUCUCCUCGAGCAGCAACGACUCGGAAAUUCUCCGUAUAGGGGUGCUCUCUGUUGCUCGCAUCGCGUACCUGGGCCUUGUCGAGCCUGUGUCUACGCACGCCUCAUCGGUCAUAACCGCCAUUGCCUCACGCGACCAAUCCAAGGCCGAUGAAUACAUCCGGCGGAAGAAGACUUAUUUGACGGGGAAAUGCACAGCCUACGGUUCGUACGAUGAGCUUCUCAACAACCCACACAUCGACGCGGUCUUCAUCCCCUUGCCCAACAGCUUGCACCAUCAAUUUGCGCUGGCCGCUCUCAAGAAGGGAAAGCACAUCAUGAUUGAGAAGCCCAUCGCCUCCAACGCGCAACAGGCGAGGGAGAUUCGCGCCGCCGCGAUCCAAUCCGGGAAAGUGGCCUUGGAAGCCUUCCACUGGCGCUUUCAUCCCGCCGCCGGCUGUGUCAAGUCGCUUCUUUUAAGCGGGGAAUAUGGUGCCGUGUUGUCCAUCGAUGCAAGAUAUGCCAUGUUCGGGGGCAUGUUCAACCGCGGCGAAGACAUCAGAUUCAAGUACGAACUUGCCGGUGGAAGCUGCAUGGACUUGACGUAUGUGUUCUCCGCGAUCGCGUACCUGGGUGUGCGUGACUCGUGCGAUCCAGACUUCGAGUUCGAGGUGCUCGAUUCAAAGUUCCGGCUCAGCCCGUACGACCCACUCGUGGACGAACAAGUCGAAGCGACCAUCCUCCUCAGCGAUCCACAUCCUUACGGCUGCAAUCGCAACAGCCGUGAGACUGGGGCGCCGCCAUCUCAGAUCCGUGCUACCGUCGGAGCCGAUCUGCACUCCCCGCCUUUCCUGGGGAUAAUCCCCCGGUUCUGGGAUCGACCGAUGCUCACCAUCCAGACCGAGAAGGCAGAAAUCACAUUUGACAACUUCAUGGGGCCCUGGAUCUCGCACAGCAUCGCCAUCACCGCGGUGACCCGGGACCCCACCGGCCAAAGAAUCCUCCGCCGCGGAAAGAAAAUCCAAACGGCGUGUUACCAGGGCGGUCCGCUCUGGGAGCAGGAAGAAAGCCGGACGGGAGCGAAAGUCGGCGAGGCGUGGUGGACGACGUGGCGGUAUCAGCUUGAGGGAUUUGUCCGCAGGGUGAAGGAUGGCGAGGCCUACGCCGGGCCCUGGGUGACGUUGGACGAGAGCGUCAGGACCAUGGAGAUGAUCGAUGCUGUCUACGCGAAAGGUGGGCUGCCUGUGAGAGGUGCCUGA